UGGAAGUGACAUCCAACUCACCACGAUCAAAUGAAACAUAUCUUGACAAACAUACUGGCACGUUAAUUCGCACCUGGUGGCUACACCAUACCCCCACCGGAUUUGAUCUAUUCCCACCAUGGCCGGCGACGCCGCCAACCAUUCCGGCAUCAUUUUCCCGCGCCUCCUCCUGACCCUGACCCUGCUGCUCCUCCCUUAUAACAUUCACGCAACAAGGUCGCUCUUCCUCAAAACGUCGUCAGACGCAAAGACAGCACCGCCGCCGCCGCCACUGUCGGAAGAACAAGUUCAGCCGACCUUCAUCCAGGCAAUUGAGGACGAUAGGCACGGGAUUCUGAGUAAAGAGUCCCUCGCCCAAGCAGUCGGCGGGGUCGAAGUGCCCGCCCCCACCCCCGGCCCCGCCUUAGCGGGAGCACCUGCCCCCGCCCCCUCCGAAGAAGCCUCCGCCACCGGAACCAAGCCCAAAUGGCGCCCCUGGAACUAUAACGCUGUUAUGUAUGUGACGCGCGAAGAGCCCACGACUAUGGAGGAGAGGAUUCAGGCACUGUACGAGGAUGAAGUGUUAAGAGCGGAAUACAAAGAGAACCAGCGACUUGCCGCCGCCGAGAAGCAGCAGAAGCUGCAGCAGGCUGCCAACAACGCUUAUAGUGAUACCAAGGCGGCCGCGGCGGCGAAGUUCACAACCACAAAUGAGGAGGAGGAGGACGAGAAUUCCGAUGCCGUAAAGUACACUGAAUUCAGUGCAAAAAAUAAUUACUAUAAAAAUUACGAGCCGCAGGAUGAGCAAGAUAACCUAUCCUCCUACUACACCUCACCCCCACCACCCUUCUACUACACCUCACCCCCACCACCCUUCUACUACACCUCACCCCCACCACCCCAUUCCCAACUCACCUCCAAGUACUACCGUUCUGCUACUUUCAACGAGGAGAGUAAAACCGGCGGCGCCGCAAGAAUUACAGCGACGGAUGAUGAAUUGGAGGCGAAAUACGAGCAUAAUAAGGAAGAUGUCGCUUUCUAUUUCACUGAAAGCGCAAAUACUCAUUCGCCGCCACCGCCGCGUCAAACCCGACACAAGACGGGUGCCACCAUAAUCUAUGCAACUUAUAACCAGAACAACGACAAUAUCCCGCCACACAGCCAUGGCACCUCAAAAACCAACUACAAACGACGUAGUUAUCAUCAGAAUAAUUACCAGCGGCAGGAGGACGAGAAUGAAUCAAGAGAAGAAGAGGAUAAACCCAUGGGGAUGAGUGAUACGAGAAGAGAAAGCAACCAGAAGUACUACAAUAAUAAUUAUCGGAAUACUAAUUAUAAUCCCACAGAGACUACACAAAGUUAUCAUAAUUAUGAUCAGGCGGCCAUGACUAAUUUGGACGAAGAAGACUUGCCGUAAUCCGUCCAACCAACCAAAACCGCCGCUAUUUUCAGUCCCGCCGCCGCUAAUCUCUGUCUCGUUUGUUGAGUACGGACGUACGUAAUAUUACUACUGUUGUUGUUGCUAUAGUUGUGUCAUGGAUCGGGUUAAUUAAUUUUGUCUUGAACGGCUAUGACCGCCGCUGUACUGUGGUGGGUGGCCUGGAUCGUUACAUGUUGUUUCGUUAUUUGCUGUUUUUUGUGUUCGUUUUGGUGUUUAACCCUUUUAUUUCUUUUGAAUGUAUCUCUUUGAUCGGUGGGUGUUCCUUAAUUAACUUUACACUUUCUUUUU